GCAUCCGAAUCAUCCCAGACCGCACAAGAAUACAUCCAAUCUCAACUCUCCCUCGAGGCCGAUGCCCGCGAAGCUCUCCCAUACCAAUUCGACACAUGCACCAAACCUCUCGGUCCACUGCGACAAUCGGUAUACGCCUGCCUGACAUGUACGCCGCCGCCAGCAUCGAAACAUCAGCAGUUCACACCCGCGGGAGUAUGCUAUAGCUGCAGCAUCUCCUGCCACGGCGAGCACAACUUGGUCGAGCUGUUCGCCAAGCGCGACUUUGUAUGUGACUGCGGGACCACGCGAUUUGGGACAUCGGAUACGCCAUGCAGCCUACGGCCGAAUCCUGCGACGGGCAGGAAAGGCGAUGUGAAAGGUCAGGAGGCGAGACCGGGCAACAAGUACAAUCAGAACUUCGAGGGCAAGUUCUGCGGCUGUGGCGAGGAAUAUGAUCCCGAGAAGGAGAAGGGCACCAUGUUUCAAUGUCUUGGUCUGGGUCACGUGGAAGACGGUGGAUGUGGCGAGGACUGGUGGCACCCGGAAUGCUUGAUGGGCUUGCCGCGGACCAAGCAAGAGCAUACUGUCAAGGAAGAAGGCGAAGAUGGGGCUGAGCAGCCACUACAGAAUGGCACCGAGGACCAUGCGGCAGGCACAGAAGAGCCGCCGGUGCCGAAAGGCUUUCCCUCUGAAGAUGACUUUGAUCAUCUGAUUUGCUAUAAAUGCGCGGAUGCUUUCCCAUGGAUCAAGCAGUAUGCCGGUACGCCUGGCUUCUUACCAGCUGUGCCCGCUGACGGCAGUAUUCGCCAGGAUACUGGUGAAGUGCAGACCACUCAGCGCGGGGAUCAAGGCGUUCCUAGCAUAUCUGGAGGUGAUCAUAGCAAGACUGAGUCUGGAGAAGCAACAGCAGAUAGAAAGCGAAAGGCCGAAGACGAACCCGAACCCUCGCAGGAGAGCAAUAAGAAAGCAAAGGGCGAUGACGAGGCUCUCGCUGCUGAUCAACCUGCAAACGCGAACGGCACGACAAAGCCGAAGCACGAGACACUCCCUCCUGCACCGUCCGGCAGGGUCUCUCUAUUCCUCAAAGAGGAUUUCCGGGAUCACCUCUGCCGCUGUCCCGAAUGCUUUCCACGACUGCCUAGACUCCCUCAAUUGCUGGAAGAAGAGGAUACAUACGAGCCUCCCGUUUCAGAGUCAGAUCAAAACGAGAACGCAUCAGUCGGCGGCCGAAGCGUAGGCUCUGGCUCCAUCCUGGAACGAGGUGAAGCCGCUCUCUCUGGGAUGGAUCGCGUUCGAGCUGUGGAGGGCGUGAUGGCUUACAACCACGUGCGAGAAAAGGUCAAAGACUUUCUGAAACCCUUUGCGGAAAGCGGGACACCAGUCGGCGCAGAGGACAUCAAAGCAUACUUUGCCAAGCUGCGUGGUGAUGAGGCGGCGAUUCGUGAGGCAGCCGCCGGAGCUAGUUCCGGUGGCGCUGUUCAGGGUGAUGGCCGACGUGAGCAAGACGGC